AUGAAGUUUUGGAUAGACUGGGCCCUGUGGCAGAAACUGAGUGCUGUGCUUGCUCUCCUCCUGGCAAUCGUACUUAUUUAUUCGUUCUGCGUGCUCGCAUAUAACCGACGAAUGAUCAAGAAAUACGCUGCUGCAGAAGCAUAUCAAAGAGCAGCGCAAGAUUCCGAGUUACAGAUGGUAGCGACAGGAGGAAGCGAUAUCCCCUUUGGCGCUAGAGCUCUGGAGAAAGGUGUCAAAGUCGAUGGUAUAUGGAUCUCCAACAGCAACGCAUCGAGCCCAGUGCAGUCUGCGACUCCAAUGGCAAGCAGAUCGGUCACGCCGAUGGGAAGCCGGCCACAAUACCCAUUAUCUACGUACGACACACUCGAUGUCCCAGCACAAUGGCUCCCAGAGCAACUGGUCCCAAACGCCGCUCGUCACGAUUCCCGAGGUUCUUCUAGAAUUGGGAAUGAUAACAUGGACGGUGGCAGGCCCGGCAGCAUCCAACCAAAUAGUUUCAAGGGAGGCCUGCCAAUCCCUCCGGAUCCCCUUCAGCUUCAGGACUCCCAGAAAUCUGCCGAGACUGAAAAACGUUGGUCACGAGGUUGGUUUGGGCCACGUAGCUCAUGGAUAACCAAAUCAUCUGAGAAGGACAAGCGAAAGCCAGAUGUUGAAGGUGAGCCCAUUCCAAGCGGGGGAGGUAGUUGUUGUUGCUGCGUAUCCAACGAGGAAAUACUGAGCCGCUCUUUACCCCUAGGCCGUGAACGUCGGCAAUCAUCGGAGGAUUUCAGACGCAGAAUCAGCAGGCUGAUUGAAGAGAGCAUUCAGACUCGUCCUCGAGAGGAAUUUCAGCUAAGGCCCAUACCCACUGAAGAUAAGGAGAGUGGCAUAUAG